CUGUGUAGCUGUGAGCCUUUCCUGGAUCUCGCUCUGUAGACCAGGCUGGCCUCGAACUCAAAGAGAUCCGCCUGCCUCUGCCUCCCGAGUGCUGGGAUUAAAGGCGUGUGCCAUGAUCACCUGGCUCACAAUUUACUUUCUUACCAGCAGCGUUUAAGAACGGCUGUACUCGGGGCUGAGGAUUUAGCUCAGUGGUAGAGCGCUUGCCUAGCAAGCACAAGGCCCUGGGUUUGGUCCUCAGCUCCGGAAAAUUUAAAAAAAAAAAAAAAAAGAAUGGGUGUACUCUUUACCUAUACCAAGACCUACAACUUUUAGGCUUUAUAAUAUUGCCUAUUGAAAGAAUCAGAGGUAACUGUUAUUGUGGUUUUAACAUCACUGCGGCUCAGAGACUGAGCAUGUUUUCGUGCGUGUUUUAGAAAGAAUUUGUUGUUGUUUUGAGGUAGGCUCUCAUUAUGGAGCACUGACUGACCUCAAACUCACUCCUGACUUGUCCUCUCAGUACUGAGACUGCAACUGUGUCCCACCACGCCCGAGUGAGGGGACUGCAGCUUUGUGCCACCACACCCAGCUUCAUGUGUCCAGUGAACUCGUCUGUCAGUUACCCAGCUACAUAUUUUGUUUACCUUCCAAAUUGAGUAUUUAUUCAUUAUUGGUCUAUAGAAAUCUUUUAUAAAUUCUAUGUGCUAAUUCUUUACAGUUAAAGGGUUGUAUUUACAUCAGCACAUUGCUGCUCUUAACAUUUCAUCAAUGAUGCCUUCUGAUUGACAAGUUCAAGAUUUCUGUGUGGUGGCCUCAGUCAAGACUUCAAUUAUGCUUUAGAUUUGCUUUAAGAAACACUUUCCUCUCCAAAGCCCAUUCAUGUCUUUCCCCAUAUGUAUGUCUUACCAUUGGGGCUUUCCUUUUCCAGCCACUUUGCCUGUGUAUUUAUUUAUCUCAGUGGUACUUUGGAUUGACCCUAGGGCGUGGUAGGCAGGUGCCUAACACUGAGCUGUACCUCCGGUUCUUUGCUGUUGUUACUUGUACCCUAAACUAGGGUUGUGCUAACCUGAUCAAGCAGGACUUAAAUCUGUGAUCCUUCUACCCCAAGCUUCAGAAUAGCUGAGCUUAUAGGCAUCAUCACCACGACCAACUGUACCUUCAUGUUUAAAAUGUGUCUCUCAUAGGCAGCAUAUCAUGGGAUCUUGCUUUUCUACUAACAGUCUCUGUAUAUCUAAUAUGAUUAUUGGUAUGCUUUAGUUUAAAUCUAUUAACUUGCUUUUUUUCUGUCUUCCAUUUAGCUCUUAUGGUUGUAGUUUGUUUUUAAAUUUUUCCUUUCCUUAUUGUCUGCUUUUUAGGUGUUUGUGGGGUAGUCUACUAUUCAGUGUCGUUCCCCCCACCACCACCACCAUGGCUUCUUAGCUUACACCUUACUUUGGUGCCUUUUUCUAGAAUUUAUGCUGUCCCGUGGUUUAUAGCACAAUGGUGCUAUUGAGUGCUCAUUUCUUCUUUCUUCAAGGGGAGCAUUUCUGUUUUAGACUUCUCAGAUACUUGCUACUAUCAAUUCCAGCGGACACACGUGCACCAAAUAGGUACAGGGAUGGGGCUAGGUGUUUCAGUACGGCUGUUAGCGAGAGAGACAUGAAGCCCACAGUCUGUUUGGGUAAAAAGGAAAAUUUCUCAGCAAAGCAGAGGUGUAAUUUGAGCCUCAGAGUCUGGACAGGAAUUGGACAAGUGAAGGAGGGGCCAGAUUGCUCCAGGUGUGUGCACAAAGACCCAGCAACAGUAGGAGGGAUUGGCACUUUGUUCAGGGGACAUAAAUACAUUUAGCCUGGCUGGAGCAGACUGUGAGAUUGUACAUGUGGAGGGGUAGGGCUCAUAUUAGCAAAAGGUUUAGCAACUUUGGAAAUUUCUGUUUUCUGAUUGAAUUAGGAUUCUGGAGCUGUGUCUGUGGUAUUCUGGUCAUUAAUAUUCAUUAACUGAAUGAAGAGAUUUUUGAGCAGAUCUACUGCACAUAAAACAUGUGCCUCUCCCAUCCGAUUUCAUGUUUCAGUUUCUGCUUGGAUUUUUCCUGUUUUAAUAAAGCAGUUUUUGUUUUCAGAUUUUGUUGUGAGGGGAAAAAAGGUAUAUCGUUCCAGAGGCAUGCCUCUUGUGAUAUAGGACACGUAAGCCAUUUUUCCAGGGUUACCGCCGGAAGAAGAGGAGCAAGCUUCAGUUUCCCCAAGUCUGGACUGCCGCAAACAAGGCUCUGCCAUUCUUAGGAGUGAAACCGUCCCAAAGCCAAGAGCCUAGGGCUCCUGGAUACCAUCAGGAUGGUGGGUGAAGGCCCCUACCUCUUCUCAGACCUGGAUCGGCGAGGCCAGAGGAGAUCCUUUUUUGAGAGAUAUGAUCCCAGCCUGAAAACCAUGAUCCCAGUGCGACCCUGUGCAAGGUUGGCACCCAAUCCUGUGGAUGAUGCUGGCCUGCUGUCCUUUGCCACAUUUUCCUGGCUCACACCUGUGAUGAUUCAAAGUUACAAGCACACGCUGACUGUGGAGACCCUGCCCCCACUAUCACCAUAUGAUUCAUCUGACAUCAACGCCAAGAGAUUUCAAAUCCUCUGGGAUGAAGAAAUUAAGAGGGUGGGGCCGGAGCAGGCCUCUCUGGGCCGCGUGGUAUGGAAAUUCCAGAGGACUCGGGUGCUGAUGGAUGUUGUAGCCAACAUCCUGUGCAUCAUCAUGGCAGCCUUGGGGCCGACAGUUCUCAUUCACCAAAUCCUUCAGCAUAUUACCAGCAUUUCCUCCGGACAUAUCGGGGUUGGCAUCUGCUUGUGUCUGGCCCUUUUUGCCACCGAGUUUACCAAAGUCCUCUUUUGGGCCCUUGCCUGGGCCAUAAAUUACCGUACAGCGAUUCGAUUGAAGGUGGCUCUCUCCACACUAGUUUUCGAAAACCUACUGUCCUUCAAGACGUUGACUCACAUCUCUGCGGGUGAGGUGCUCAAUAUACUAUCAAGUGAUAGUUAUUCCUUGUUUGAGGCUGCCUUAUUUUGUCCCUUGCCAGCCACCAUCCCCAUCCUAAUGGUCGUUUGUGCGGUGUAUGCCUUUUUCAUUCUGGGGUCCACAGCUCUUGUCGGGAUAUGCGUGUACAUUAUAUUCAUUCCCAUCCAGAUGUUUAUGGCCAAACUCAAUUCAGCUUUCCGAAGAUCAGCAAUUUCAGUGACAGACAAGCGAGUUCAGACAAUGAAUGAGUUUCUGACCUGCAUCAAGCUGAUUAAAAUGUACGCCUGGGAGAAAUCUUUUAUGAACACCAUUCACGAUAUAAGAAAGAGAGAAAAACAUUUACUGGAAAGGGCUGGAUAUGUCCAAAGUGGAAACUCAGCCCUGGCUCCCAUUGUGUCUACAAUAGCCAUCGUAUCAACUUUCACCUGCCACAUCUUCCUGAACCGCAAGCUCACUGCUCCUGUGGCAUUUAGUGUGAUUGCCAUGUUUAAUGUAAUGAAGUUUUCAAUUGCAAUCUUGCCUUUCUCGGUCAAAGCAGUGGCCGAAGCCAGUGUCUCUCUAAAGAGAAUGAAGAAAAUUCUCAUAGCUAAGAGUCCCCCAUCCUACAUCACCCAACCAGAAGACCCAGACACUAUCUUGCUUUUAGCAAAUGCCACCCUGACAUGGGAACAAGAAAUCAACAGAAGUGACCCACCGAAGGCACAAGACCAGAAAAGGCGUAUUUCCAAGCAACAGAGGUCAGAGCUAUACAGUGAGCAAAGCCCAUCAGCGCAGGGGGUUGCUAGCCCGGAGUGGCAAAGUGGCAGCCCCAAGUCAGUUCUUCACAACAUCAGCUUUGUGGUGAGAAAGGGGAAGGUCUUGGGAAUAUGUGGGAAUGUUGGAAGUGGGAAGAGUUCCCUUAUCUCAGCUCUCCUAGGACAGAUGCAGUUGCAGAAAGGGGUCGUGGCUGUCAAUGGACCUUUGGCUUAUGUUUCUCAGCAAGCGUGGAUCUUUCAUGGAAAUGUGAGGGAGAACAUACUGUUUGGAGAGAAGUACAAUCACCAAAGGUAUCAGCACACAGUUCAUGUCUGUGGUCUCCAGAAGGACUUGAACAGCCUUCCUUAUGGAGACCUGACUGAGAUUGGAGAGCGGGGUGUCAACCUCUCUGGGGGACAGAGGCAGAGGAUCAGCCUGGCCCGUGCUGUGUAUGCCAACCGUCAACUCUACCUGCUGGACGACCCACUCUCAGCUGUGGAUGCCCAUGUGGGGAAGCAUGUCUUUGAGGAGUGCAUUAAGAAGGCACUCAAGGGAAAGACUGUUGUCCUGGUUACCCACCAGUUGCAGUUCCUGGAGUCUUGUGAUGAGGUCAUUUUGUUGGAAGAUGGAGAGAUUUGUGAAAAGGGCACCCACAAGGAGUUGAUGGAAGAGAGGGGGCGCUAUGCAAAGCUGAUUCACAACCUCCGGGGAUUGCAAUUCAAGGAUCCGGAGCACAUUUACAAUGCAGCCAUGGUGGAGACCCUGAAGGAGAGCCCAGCUCAGAGAGACGAAGACACUGUCUUGGCUUCAGGUGAUGAGAAAGAUGAAGGAAAAGAACCUGAAAUGGAAGAAUUUGUAGAUACAAAAGCUCCUGUGCACCAGCUUGUCCAGACUGAGUCUCCUCGAGAAGGAAUCGUGACCUGGAAAACAUAUCACACGUAUAUUAAGGCUUCUGGAGGGUACCUGGUCUCCUUCCUGGUGCUCUGUCUCUUCUUCCUGAUGAUGGGCAGCUCUGCCUUCAGCACCUGGUGGCUGGGACUCUGGCUAGACAGGGGCUCCCAGGUCAUCUGUGCACCCCAGAGCAAUAGGACAGCCUGCAAUGGUGACCAGACCCUGCAAGACACCGAACACCACAUGUACCAGUUGGUAUACAUAGCAAGCAUGGUGUCUGUGCUGACAUUUGGCAUUAUCAAAGGCAUUACCUUCACCAAAACUACACUGGAGGCAUCCUCCUCGCUCCACAACAGGGUGUUUAACAAGAUCGUCAGGAGUCCAAUGAGCUUUUUUGACACAACCCCCACAGGCCGGCUGAUGAACCGUUUUUCUAAAGAUAUGGACGAGCUGGAUGUGAGGCUGCCAUUUCAUGCAGAGAACUUUCUACAGCAGCUCUUCAUGGUGUUGUUUAUCCUGGUGAUUAUGGCUGCUGUGUUUCCCGUUGUCCUUCUGGUUCUGGCUGGCCUGGCUAUCAUCUUCCUCAUUCUUUUACGCAUCUUCCAUCGAGGAGUUCAGGAGCUCAAGCAGGUGGAGAACAUCAGUCGGUCACCUUGGUUCUCUCACAUCACCUCCUCCAUACAGGGUCUGGGUGUCAUCCAUGCCUACAACAAAAAGAAUGAUUGCAUCAGCAAGUUUAAGACACUGAACGAUGAGAACUCCAGCCACCUCUUGUACUUCAACUGCGCUCUCAGGUGGUUUGCGCUCAGAAUGGAUGUCCUCAUGAACAUCGUCACCUUUGUUGUGGCCUUGUUGGUGACCCUGAGUUUUUCCUCAAUCAGUGCUUCAUCCAAAGGCUUGUCACUGUCCUACAUCAUCCAGCUCAGUGGACUGCUGCAAGUGUGUGUGCGAACGGGAACAGAGACCCAAGCCAAGUUCACCUCCGCGGAGCUGCUGAGGGAGUACAUUUCGACUUGUGUUCCUGAACACACUCACCCCUUCAAAGUGGGGACCUGUCCCAAAGACUGGCCAAGCCGUGGGGAGAUAACUUUCAAGGACUAUCGCAUGAGAUACAGAGACAACACCCCUCUCGUGCUCGAUGGGCUGAACUUGAACAUCCAAAGUGGGCAGACGGUUGGGAUUGUGGGAAGAACAGGUUCUGGAAAAUCGUCACUGGGCAUGGCCCUGUUCCGUCUGGUGGAGCCAGCCUCUGGAACCAUCUUCAUUGACGAGGUGGAUAUCUGCACUGUGGGUUUGGAGGACCUCCGAACCAAGCUGACCAUGAUCCCCCAAGAUCCUGUCCUGUUUGUAGGUACAGUAAGGUUCAACUUGGAUCCCUUGGAGAGUCACACUGACGAGAUGCUGUGGCAUGUGUUGGAGAGAACAUUCAUGAGAGACACAAUAAUGAAACUCCCAGAGAAAUUACAGGCAGAAGUCACAGAAAACGGGGAAAACUUCUCAGUGGGAGAACGCCAGCUGCUUUGUAUGGCCCGAGCACUUCUCCGUAAUUCAAAAAUCAUUCUCCUUGAUGAAGCUACCGCCUCCAUGGACUCCAAGACAGACACUCUUGUUCAAAGCACUGUAAAAGAUGCCUUCAAAAGCUGCACAGUGUUGACCAUCGCCCAUCGCCUAAACACGGUUCUCAACUGUGACCUUGUCCUGGUCAUGGAAAAUGGGAAGGUGAUUGAGUUUGACAAGCCUGAAGUCCUUGCUGAGAAGCCUGACUCUGCAUUUGCGAUGUUACUAGCUGCAGAAGUUCGACUGUAAAGGUCCUGUGGUUGAUUUGAGAGGAGGCAAUGGAUGUGUGAGAGCAGAAGCCUGAAGGCAGAGUCAUGCAGCCCCUGACACAGCCCCUCCCACCCAUGGAGCACAGGGUGAGCGGGGGCUGAGAUGUGUCCCUUGCUCUCUGCAGCCCUUUUGGUCACCUCCUGUGGCAGACUCGGGGUUGGUUCUGGAUGGUGAAGAGUGCAGACAAAGCUGGUAGGUUGGAAGCUGCCUCUCACCUCUGAAAACCCCAGGAGUCCCUCACAUGUUCCCACCAAUACUACAUAAUGCCUGAGAAUGGGAACAUUUUAACUUCCUGGCAAAAACCAGUCAACGCAAACAAUGGGACAACGCCCAAGACUGGAGUUUAUGGAGGAUUUCUCACUUCUGUUGCCAGAAAAGGAAAGAGAAAACUUUUCUUUCUGUUUAACUUCAUUUCACUUUAAUCUCAACUAUGUGAUAAGCUCACAGAUCCACAGCACAAAGACUGAUGAUAGUGUUUGGCCUGAGAUUUUUCAAAGAAAUCAUAUUGUACAUUGCAGUUGAUCUGUUAAAAUAACCAGAAAGCAAAAUUCUGGCGUUUCUGAAUAUAUGACAUUUUUAUAUCUUCUUUAUUGGUCAUUAAAAUGCAAUAAGAAACUAAAUGACCCUGAAAUGUUGCCUUGCAGUGGUCUCACUGAAGAUGUCUCUGUUUGAACUAUUCCUUCCCGUAGACCUUUGCUUCCAUCUCUUUUGGCUCAGUAAUGAAUCUACACAGUUGUUCACCAACCUCAAGUUUUUCUGUGAGGAUUAUAGAAAAGACAUAUCCAGUAGCCCCAGUGUGAGUACUGCUAAUUAGAAUGGCAUUUGUCAUUCUUUGGGGUUGAAGGCCCUCUUUAUAUUUCUGGUGAGCGUGAAAGGUUCUUGUAUUGUUUGAAUGAGGUUCCCUGUACUUUCUUCCCAGUCCUAGGCAACACCUUAGAUAUAACAUACAGCAAUGUGGCCAACAAAGCUCCUCCCGAGUCACACUCUACCCUGUUUCUUGCAAACAUGGAGAAAGACAGUAUCUGGCACUUAGGAACAUUCAGAAAACACUUACGGUGGGCCUAUUAUGUCUGACUUCCAAGUUCACCAGCAUGAUAGAAGAUUAAUCUGGGGAUUCCCAUCACACAAGCUGUGAUGGUUCUUACUGGCUAUCAACUUGGCAGGACCUAGAAUUAUCUAGACAUUGGGGGCAUGUCUGUGAGGGGGUUUGUAGAUUAGGUUAGCUGAGGUGGGAAGAUCUACUCUAAGUGUGGGCGGCAGCAUUUCAUGGGCCGGGGGCUGGGACCGAAUGAAAAGGGGAGCGGUGGCUGGGCACCAGCUUUGGUCUCUGCUUCCCGAUGGCAGACACUCUCUGACCAGCUGCCUCCCAUUCCCACUCUCAUGCCUUCCCCAGCGUGAUACAAGGUACAUUCCCUGAAACUAUACGUCGAAAUAAAUCCUUGAUUCCUCAAGUUGCUUGGUCAAGCAUUUCGUUCACAGCAAUGAGAAAAGGAACUAAUACAGAAAACUAGUACCAAGGGGUGGUACUGCUGUUGUAAGAGGCCUGAUCAUGUCGUUUGUAAGUUUUUGGAACUAGUGUGUGGGAGGACUGUGGAAGGGUCUGGAGUUUGGGGCUAGAGAAACCCUAGAAUGCUGUAACCAGAGUUUAAUGGGACAUCUGGUUGGAGUUUGGAAGACCAGAAUGCCAAAAGAAAUGAGGAAGGUAGAGGCCCCGCUUAUUAAAGCUCAGAGGAGAACUGGACUAGAGGCUGUUCACUGUUUUUGGCAAAUCAUGUCACUGCAUCAUCCUACUUGUGCCCUGAGAACUCAAAUGAAGCUGGAUCAGAAAGUAAAGGACUAAUCUGUUUAGUGAAAAGAAGUUUUAAGAAAGGAUAACAUUGGUCUGAAUUGAGAGAGCCUGAAAUGAAAAUGAUGUUGAAGGAGUUCCCUACUCAAAAACAACAGUCCAGGGAAGUGUUUCUAUGGGAUCAGCACACAGAGGCCUCUGAAACUGAGGCCCAAAGGGGCCAGACUGCAUCUUAAGCUGGUAGCAAGACUUGGCAAUGUUGUUCACAUGGUACCACUUUUCCAUCAUUGAUGGAAGUCAGGGAAGAAACUCAAGGAGAAACAUUGCUUAUUGACUUGUUCUCUGUUGCUUUCUUAUAUAGCCUAGGCCAUCUGCCUUGGGAAGGU